GGUUACGCCCAGCGCACGCAGACUCAGCGCGCAAAGGCUGCUGGGCCUCGGCUGUCAUGGCUGCGGACAUAAACACAGAGCUGUGAACAGAGACUCGGUUUGUGUUGACGAUCAGCCGCACGCGCUCACCUCAGCGACACUUCAGCAGCGACUACCCGCCGGAGACACACCUGGCAGGUAACUUCAGCAGCGACUACCCGCCGGAGACACACCUGGCAGGUAACUUCAGCAGCGACUACCCGCCGGAGACACACCUGGCAGGUACGGUCACAGCUGCACAGCCUGCGCACUGCCCUCUAAUGUCUGCUGCGUCUCAUAGCUGCUAGCUGCUAGCCGCCAAAGCAUGACCGCGUGAUUCUUCAAGACAGCAACUACAGCAGCUACAGCAACUACAGCAACUACAGCAGCUACAGCAGCUACAGCAACUACAGCAGCUACAGCAGCUACAGCAGCUACAGCAGGGAGGAACAUGUCCGGGGGAAACAAAGCCAUCGAGUUGCAGCUGCAGAUGCGGCAGAACGCGGAGGACAUGCACAGCUUCAUGAAGGAGCUGGAGAGCUGGGAGACAGACAUGAAGAAGAAGGACGACGAGCUGAGGAGGGGAGGACUUCAGGAGGACCAGAAGAAGCUCCCACCUGUGCGCAACAAAGACUACAAGACAAAGAUGAGGGAGAAGAAGAAGAAGAAGACGAGGGAGCCAACGGGAAAUGGAGACGAGUCCAAGCAGGCCUCGAGGAUAAAAGCAUACGACUAUAGAUCGUGGGACAAGUUUGACGUGGACAAGGCUCUGUCAGAGAUGGAUAAGGAGGACAGUCCCGCAGAGUCAAAUGAGUCGGACUCUGAGGAGGCAGCGGCGGAUCAGGAGAGAGCGCUGGCUGAGAAAGAGAAGGGCAAUGCUUUCUUCAAGGACGGGAACUACGACAGUGCCAUUGAGUGUUACAGCAGAGGGAUGGGUGCAGAUCCUUACAACCCUGUGCUCCCCACAAACCGAGCCACCUCCUUCUUCAGGCUCAAAAAGUACGCCGUGGCAGAGUCCGACUGCAACUUAGCGAUAGCUCUGGACAGCAACUACUUCAAAGCGUACGCACGCAGAGCAGCAGCACGGUUUGCACUGAAGAAAUAUGAAUCUGCAUUAGAAGAUUAUCAGAUGGUUCUGAAGCUUGACCCCGGGAACGCGGAGGCACAGAAUGAAGUGAAAAAAAUCCAAGAGAUCCUUGGAGAUCAAACCCCGGCCGCCCCGAGUGAAGCCAUGCAGUCACAGGAGGCUCCCACAGCAGAGCCCGAGCAGGAGAGGCUGAUGGAGGAGCAGCAGAGACGGCAGGAGGCGGUUAUACAGAAAGACAGAGGGAACGCUUAUUUCAAAGAGGGGAAGUACGAAGCAGCUGUCGAGUGUUACAGCAGAGGCAUGGAGGCAGACAGCAUGAACGUCCUGCUGCCCGCCAACAGAGCCAUGGCUUUCCUCAAGCUGGAGAAGUUUCAGGAGGCAGAGGAGGACUGCACCAGAGCCAUUUAUCUGGACAGUACUUACUCCAAGGCUUUCGCCCGUCGUGCCACGGCCAGAGUGGCUUUAGGAAAACCACAGGAGGCCAAACAAGAUUUCCAGGAGGUCUUGAAACUGGAACCAGGGAACAAGCAGGCCUUGAAUGAACUCCAGAAACUCCAGAUUGACGAGGGAGGCCUUCUUCAAACACCAGACAGCACGCAGAGGAGGACGGUCCAGCCGAUAGAGAAACCAACACAUCUGCAGUCCACUAAACCACUGAGGAGGAUUGAUAUUGAGGAAGUGAGCGGGAAGGUGUCGGUGACUGACGUGGAGCCAGGCGGAUCCGAGUACAUCAUCCAGGAAGUGGUGAGGGAGGCUGAGGACAAAUCGUCUCCACUGUCAACAUCACCCAGCGCCAAAAUGAUCAAGAUUGAGGAGAUGGCAGAAGUCCCUUCACACUCGUCUGAGCAAGUUCCUUUGAGCAGGCAGAGCAAACAACCAGCACAGGAGGAAAUCGCUCAUUCCCCCGAACCAUCAACCGUCACCUCCGCAACAGCAGCGGACCUGCCUCCUCCACCCACCAACAGCUUCCAGCUCGAGGCCGACCUCCGUAAGAUUGGAAACCAGCCUGACGCGGUUUACGGAUAUCUGAGGCAAAUCAAGCCCGACGCGUACAGAAGCAUUUUCCACAACUCCCUCGAACCUGACAUUCUCAAUCAGAUCUUGAAAACUCUGCACGGUUUCUAUAUCAAGAAUGAAGCACCAGCCACCACGCUGGAGAUCCUCAGGAGUCUAGCAAGCGUGAGGCGCUUCGACAUGGCUGUCAUGUUCAUGUCGUCCCCAGAGAAGAAAGUGCUUAAAGAAGUGUUUGACUUCCUCCACCAAGCUGAGCUGGAAGGAUCAUCUGUCACAGCCUUGCAGAAGAAGUACGGAGUGUAACGCUCAGAUCUAAGGAACAUCUGCUCAUUCUAUAGACUUUAAAUUUCAACACACAGUGCGUGUAGUUCUAAUACUGAAUAAACUUUUAUUCAAUUCCCUUUCGUUAAAUUGGACUGCUGUGUUACGGCCUUUCACCUGUGGAAAUAUGAUGCCACAAUUCUCUGUUUUGCUGUUCAUACACUGCAUUUAUUUAGAGUUGGAAACUGGAAAUUCACACAUUUUAGGUUUGAAUUCUGACCUUGGUGCAUAAAAACAGUGUCGAAUCCUGCUCCUGCAACAGCUAAUGUCACCAUUUAUACUUUCUGUGUAAACGUAUAUGUUGAAUCAUUUACUGCACAACUGUUCUCAUACAUUUAAUAUGCAAUGCUGAAAAAAAAAUAUUUUUUUAUAUUAUGUUUAUUGGUGAUAGAGGAGGCACAUGUACACAAGUACUUGUAUACUGACUUCAAACUCCAUGCAGGUUUAAGGAAACUUAUUUUUCCACCAAGACACUUGAUGAGUUGAAUGUAUUUUAUUUUGAUUUUGAGGAUGAUAAACCUGUGAAGCUGAUGUGUUGAAACAGAGCCAGAUAAUUCAAUCAUUGGGAGAACCUCAACCAGUUCUGUAAAAGAGUCAUGUGAAUUUCCAGCUUUCCAUUUCAUCUUGAAUGCAGCGUGAAGGUACAGAUUGGUCUCUGUGAGUACUCUGUCCCUCCUGUUCUGAAACCUACCAAAUAAAUCCUGACGCUGCAUCGGCUGAAACACAUCAGGCACGUGUGAGUGAUGGAGGUGUUCAGUUUGAGUCACAAGUGUUCUGCAAAUACGGUUUUUGUUCUGUUUUAAGAAGCUGACGAAUAAAGGUGUAUUUUGUAAUA